UAUUUACGUAAACAACUCACGCAAACAUGUUUUGUUUCAUUCUUCAUUACAUUUAUUUCGAUUGUUUAAGAUAAACGUAACAAUCGUUUAAGAUAAAGGUAAUGAUAACGCUCGCGAUUGAAUGCCAUCUAGCGAUAAAAAGUUUUCAACUAACAUCCCUAUCUUAGAGUUAUACUCAUCCCGCGUUUCAUUUCCACUGUACUCCUCGCCGUAAACAGACGUACAAACAAAAAAGUAAGUAGUUUUUGUUGAAUUUCUAAAAAUGAAUAAAUCUUGAAACGUAUUAAUAAUUUCAAUAUUUAUUUCAAUGUUUAAUUACAGAUAAAAUGGCUGAAAUUGUUAAUGUCGAACGCGAGCGGCUGGAAGGUGACGAGCAGCCACAAGGUGAUGCCGAGCUGCCCCAGCAGCAUGAAGGGCCGCAAAACGGCGGUCAGGCUGACAUAGAGCCAGCAGGAGGCGAUGCUCAGCCGCAACAACAGCAACAGCAACAAGCUGGGGCGGAACAACCGGUGAAGAAAAAAAAUCAACGGGGAACGCGAGCAGGUUGGCGGGUCCGCGAGGCCAAGAAGAUAGACUUCUUGGCCCGCUUAAAUGUACGAAUGGGCCAAAUUGUAGCCCAAAGUUAUCACCAUAAUUGGCGAGGUGGUCGUGGUGGCUCUCGACGUGGACAAGAAUCUUCAUGAAGUAAAAGCACCG